CUCCUGGGUUCUGUUGUGUCUCUUUAGAGAACUUUCACAGACUUUUCUGUCUGUCUCGUGUCCUGGCUAUGCACCAUGUUGUCCUCUCCUGCGGUCAUCCUGCAGCCGUACGGCCUCCCCGUCUACCCUCAGACCUCCUGCUACCCCAGCCUGGUGCAGGGUGCUCCUGCUCAGGAGGCGGGGCCAGGCAGCAGUGACCCCGCCCUCCCCCAGGUCUACGCCGCAGCCCCUUCGUAUCCCCCACCUGCACAAGCCCCACCCACACCCACAGCCAGACUCCCACCACUUGACUUUAGCUCCGCCCACUCUGCCUCUGAUUACCCAGAGCACCAUCAGCUCCGAGUCUACCAGGGCCCUCAGCAUGAGGGGGCGGAGCCUCUACCUGCAUCGAGCACGGAUGAAGGUCUGGCUCCUGUGACCUCUGACCCUCAGCCUCUAAAUGUCCCCGUGGCAACCGGGGGCGGAUCAGGAAGUGGCAGCGAGGAGGAGGGGUCUGGGAAGUCUCAACCCAAGCGCCUUCAUGUCUCCAAUAUUCCCUUCAGAUUCCGCGAUCCCGACCUGAGACAGAUGUUUGGGCAAUUUGGCAAAAUCUUGGAUGUAGAGAUCAUCUUUAAUGAGAGAGGGUCAAAGGGGUUCGGCUUCGUGACGUUCGAGAACGCGCCAGAGGCAGAUCGAGCCCGAGAGAAACUCAACGGCACGAUUGUGGAGGGGAGGAAGAUCGAGGUGAACAACGCCACGGCCAGAGUGGUGACGAAGAAACCGCAGACUCCACUCGUGAACGCUGCAGGAUGGAAGAUUAACCCCGUGAUGGGAGCGAUGUACGCACCAGAACUCUACACUGUGGCCAGCUUUCCUUAUCCAGUUCCCACGGCAACCCUGGCCUACAGAGGCUCCACCCUGAGGGGGCGUGGCCGUGCUGUGUAUAAUACCAUCCGCUCGGCGGCUGCAGCGGCCACGCCCACCGCUGUUCCAGCUUACCCAGGGUUAGUCACACACUCUCUCACAGACAGACGGAACAGGAUCACCGUUAGAGUCUAAAGAUAACGAAGAGUGUGUGUGUGUGUGUGUGUGUGUGUGUGUGUGUGUGUGUGUGUGUGUGUGUGUGUGUGUGUGUGUUACAGGGUGGUCUAUCAGGAUGGACUCUAUGGAACUGAAGUCUAUGGAGGAUAUCCUGCUGCAUACAGAGUGGCUCAGUCUCCUUCAGCCACAGCUACAGCCGCGUACAGCGAUGGGUACGGCAGAGUGUACGCCACUGACCCAUAUCAUCACUCAGUAGGACCGACCACCACAUACGGAGUUGGUACUAUGGCGAGUCUAUAUCGAGGAGGCUACAACCGCUUCACCCCGUACUGACACCCCGGUGACACCACACUGACCUCCUGCACACAACACCCCGCCCAUACACACUCACCCCCCCCCCCCACUACACCCCUCAGACACACACCUCCUCCUGGGCGGAGUUUAAACCAACCAAUUAUCUGAAGAUCCUGGGAGAAGGAUGAAGCACGCCCACACUGACCUCAUACCUGGUGCUCACUAGUGGUGGUUAGCGCUACGCUAAUAACAGACUACUGAAGGAGAGAGGGUUACGCAGCGCUAACUGUUUAGCCUCACCGUUUUUUUUUGUUUUCACUUCUUUUCUGAUGAUUAGCAUCACUAGCAGCAGUGCUAACAUGUUAAUUAUCUGAGUGUGAGUGUGAUCAGGAAAGUGUGUGUGUGUGUGUGUGUGUGAUUGAGAUGUGCUGUUCGCAGGUACGUUCUGAUGCGCUAUGAUGUCACACCAAUAAAAUCACAAAACUAUUUUACCUUUUGCCAGUAGCUAGCUACCGAUAUGAUGAACAGCGAGCUUGAACCACAGGGGGUGGAGCUUGAUUUAACAUUUCAAUCAGCCAAUCAGAUUUGUGACAUUGUGUAAUGCUAGCAAGAACAUGUCGCUUUUAAUGACAUGAUACAACACUGGACCUAAUGCUAGCAUGCUAACAUGUCUACAGAAUGCUAGCAAAGCUGGCUAGGUCGCUAGCUAACGUUAGCUCAGGAGUGAACUGUGACCUACAGUGUAAUUAAUCAUUAAUGUUAACGUUACUAAGUGAGAAGUGACAAGCGAUGAAGAGUGAUUGGCUGACGUUAGGGUUAAGCCCCGCCCCCAGUGAUGUCAUCAGAGCACUCAUCAGGACAGACCUCGCGUCUACUGGAUACAGGAAUCAUUUUUGUAGAUUAUUGUAAAUUUGAUGUGCAGUGCAGUGUGUGUGUGUGUGUGUGUGUGUGUGUGUGUGUGUGAGGUAGACUGAAGGCUGUACAGGUGACUCAGUAUUUCCUCUCUCUCUCUCUCUCUCUCCCUCUCUCUCUCUCUGUGUGUGUGUGUGUGUGUGUGUGUGUGUGUGUGUGUGUGUGUGUGUGUGUGAUCUGCCUCUGUGCUGAUGUUCCUCAGAGGUGUACCAUGUACAUCACUAUCACAACACACACAUACGUUACUCUUUUUCUGUUUGUUUGUUGGUUAAUUCUCAUGAUCUCACUCUCUCUCUCUCACACACACACACACACACACACACACAGGGAAUAAGUGCACUUUACACUGGGGCUCUAUCUCAUAUUGUUACUCUAUACAGUGUUUAAGAUCAUGUAGCUCUAAUACAUGAUGACUCCGCCCCCUAGUGACCACGCCCCAUAUAUUGACCCUGUGUGUGUGU